AUGAGCCCCAAAAAUGAUGCUCCCUCCCAUGGAACUGUAGUCGAUAUCGGCGGCAGUAACAUGUACGAUGAUGUUGCUGAACGGCUGGAGCAGACCCUCAUGUCAUCGUAUUCUUCCGCCUCCAAGCCAACCCUUCCAGACGAGCUCCUCUACGACGAUGUAGGGUUGCCCAUCUGGAACCAGAUCAUCUUCACCCCCGAGUUCUACCAGACUCAUGAUGAGAUUGCGCUUUUCGAUAAGCACGGUGCGGAUGUUGCUGCACGUUGCCAAGCUGGUGUCACUAUUGUUGAUCUAGGAGCCGGUGACACCCGCAAGGUUGGCCACCUUCUUGCUGCUUUCGACAAGGCCAACGUCUCCACCAAGUACCUUGCAUUGGACAUCUCCCGAUCGUCAUUGGACCACAACGUUAAGUAUCUGGUGGGACAGCAUCCGAGCAAGCAGUCUUCGGUGACCUGCGCAGGUAUUUGGGGGACCUUUGGCGAUGGCAUGAACUACGUGAAGAAGAUCCAGUCGCCUCGACUGUUCCUUUCGCUCGGAUCUGUACUAUGCAAUGAUCCUUGGCCCGAGGCAUUGUCCCACCUCAAGUUCUGGGCCGACGCUCUUCGACCCAAUGAUCUCCUUCUUAUCGGAAUGGAUGGCCACAUCCUCCCGGGCAACAGGGACAAGAUCUGGGAUGCUUACCAUUCUUGCGAUGACCUCUACCGCCAAUUCUUCUUGAACGGAUUCAAGCAUGCCAACCGCCUAGCAGGCGAAGAGUGGUUCCGCGAGGAGGACUGGGAGUUCCUUGCCCAGUUGGAGGAGGAACCAACUACACGACACCGAUUUUUCUUCCGCGCCAAACAAGACGUCAAACUUGAAAAGAUGGGUCGCGUCAUCCAGAAGGGUGAGGAAUUUGACUGGUUCGAUUCUCACAAGUAUGGAGAAGACAACGUGCGCCUCAUGUGCUAUAAGGCAGGACUGAGCGUGAUCGAUGUCUGGCAGGCACCUGACUCCGAGUUUCGUCAAUAUCUUGUACGCCGCAAGGACAGCAAGGACCAGCGAGACGAUGCUGACAGCGCCGUCUCGGGAGUCAGUUAA